AUGGACAAGUUGUAAGCAUUCCGGAUAGAGGAACCGGUCUUGCUGUGUGGCCGACUGACCGCCUGAGCACUCCCUACAGCAACUCGUUCGCGUCCCAAGGUACAGUUUGCCCGUCCGCGCGGGCUCAACCAUCUCCGCGCUUGCUCCGCUCAGCACGACCGACGUAACUGGUAACUCAUCCGCACCGUCUCAUUUCCACAGCCAAGGCCAAGGCCGAACAGGGCCGAGUUGCAGCACUAAACAAGAUAGAUCAACAACGCCACAAGCCCCCCUCAUCGGCCCGAGGAUCGGCGUCCGGUGCAGGUACAGGUGCAGGCUCCAGCGAUUCCCCACCUCCGACCCCACCCAAUCGAUCUCGCGCUUCGAGUUCCGCCUCACCCCUCUAUCCACAACACGGUCCAACUUCGUCGUCUCAAGUCUUUGUAGGAAUCAACGAUACGGACAAAAGUGCCUUCUUCUCCCUGCUCGACGAGUACUUUGCCGCUCGACCACAGUACAAGGUGCUGUUCAACACCCAGGCCGCCCCACUUGCCGCCGCUGCCAUCGCGGGACACCACAAUGCGCUAACAAGUGCAUCCACACCAGCACCACCGUCGAGGGCAGCCGCGCCACCGAAACCACCACCGAGAGCGACACCGGCACCGAAAGGAUUGGGCACAGCGACCGCCUUGUUCGAUUUCGAUGCUGGCGAGGCCGAGGACUUGGGCUUCAAAGAGGGGCAACAGAUUACCAUUCUCGAACAUAGUCAGGUCACCCCUACGUGAUUAGCAGCAUCACGGCAUGGAAAGCUAAUCUUUUCCUGCUUGUUUUAUUUGCGCGCAGUCUCGGACGAAUGGAUAAGAGGCGAAUUGAAUGGCCAGACGGGAAUAUUCCCCAAGGUUUAUGUACAACUCGAUUGA